AUGGCCAUGGUUGCAGCCCAAGGAAGAACUGGAAAGACGCAUGAGACUCUGGUCAAAGAAGACAAUUCAGCCGAGAAACGGCCACUCGUAGCCAGUCAAGCUUGGCAGACCGUCAAUAGUGAACUGAAUCUGAACUUCCUGCUGCCACACAGCCUGGCCAGUACCUCUGCUGCCAGGGACGCGUUUCAACAAGACGCCACCGGAGGCAGCUUACCAGCCCGACACAGCACCGUUUCGUUCCUCGGAGAUGCCAGAGCUGGUAAGACAAGUCUGGAAAAACACCUGCUCGAUAAGUCGUUUGAUCCCGCUGAAGAACCGACGAAAGGGCUUGAGUUUGAUUUAGUACAAACAGAUGUCACGGAGGUCAAUGAAGGCUGGCAAACAGUACACGAAGAGCCCUACAGUAGAUAUAAUACCGGCCGCGCCCAGUAUGUAGCCCAAGAAAUUUUAAAACAGGCUGAGUCCGUUGUCAAUCGCCCACUAUUUCCACGACCAGCCGUGACUGCGUUGUUGAACUACGCGCUAACUAUUGCGGUGAUUGUCAUUGUUCCCGGGUCAGUCGGUUUUCAACUGGGAUUCGGUGUUGUGUUUUUGCUUGUAGCGGGGAUUGUGAAAAUGUUCGGCCAAAGAAACAAUGAUGGAAUUUACAUAAGUAUAUUAUUCGUCAUCGGCGAUUGUUAUGUAAGAAGAAAUGGCUUCCUCAAUAUCUUCCUCUUAUUCGGGAAUAACCAGUCAGUGGGGUAUCCACAUCUUCAGUACUUUCUGUUUGCCAUUGCCGCAGUGGUACUUUCGUUUCUCCUUGUAAUGCUGUGGCCGAUGGGAGUAAAACCUGGCAUAGCCCUGGCCUUCUGCCUCAUGUGCUCGCCUUCACAACUACAUCUGGACGAAGUACCUUCACAGCUUCACUUGAUUGUAGAUGGGCCGACAAAUAUUUUCGCUGCCGCUGAUCUUUUGAGUGUCAUCUCAUGUAGUAGAUGCUUUACUUCGGCAUUACUUGCGCUGGUACCAGCAGUUUGGGGGAUCGCGAAUGUUGCGAUCGACGCCAGUGAACAUAUAAACUACAUACUCAGUUUCGUUGGUGGGUUUGUAAUUGGUGCAACUGAUACCGCGUGUUAUCAUAUCAUUCCGAAACUGUGCAAUUCCUAUCGAGAUGUGCUUCAAUUACAAAUCUUCAUGGGUCCAAUAGGUUUUGUCUACGGCCUUGUCAUGGGCUGGUUCUUUGGCUGGCGGAUGGUUCAGCCAUCCACAUGGCAAGAUGCUUAUUAUAUGGUGCCAAAUAUGGUAGCCUUGCUUAUUCUUGUACAAGUAGAAAGGCAAAGGGCGUAUUUGGCAUAUCAAGAAAUGGGAAGCUAUCCUUCAUUUCUAAUCAGUAGGAGCAUCCAAACCAUGAAACAAGUGAAUGAUUUGCCUCUUAAAUCUACCCUGAUUGACUUUGCAGGAGAUACUGUCUAUCACUGUACACAUCAUCUUUUUCUAUCAAAUUUCACAAUUCACCUGAUUGUCUUCAACAUGGAAAGAUUAGACCAGGAGCCAGACUAUAUAAGACGUAUUUGCUACUGGGUCCAGUCGGUAAUUGUUCACGUGCAAAACCCCAAUCCUCACAUUUUCAUUGUUGGAACACACAAGAACAGUUUGACUAAAGAUAGGAGUAAUUUCUUAUCGCAAAAGGUAAGCAAGACAUUGCUUAGCAAUGAGACAUUUACUCAGUUCAUUGUGGGAAAACCAGGUAGCCAAAAUGAUGUUGUGUUCUGCGUGGAAAACUCCAUACCCCUUCGUAAGGAUGCGCAGGCCCGUCUCCUUCGUAAAACCGUUAUGGAUGUGGCCCAUUCGUCCUUCCAAUCCAAGAAACACGUCCCUAUCAAGUGGCUCAAAGUCAGUGACUUAAUCAGCAAGUACAAAUCUAGUUCUACAGACACGUGUCUCCUGGACAAACGUACCUUGUUUGAAAAGAUGAGGCAGGAAGGUGUUGUUGAGGAUGAAGAGUUGGGAGAAGAGUUUGAAGAGAUGCUGACGUUUUAUGACGAAAUCGGAGAGAUCAAGGUCAUGGAUGAUGUUGUAGUCUUGAACCUGAAAGCCUUGGUUCAGCUUGUUGUAAAGCUUGUGGAGAUUGAUUGUGACGAUCAUGAGCUCGGAAUAGUUCACGUCAGUUCUUUGCGCAGAGUAUGGACAUUUUUGACAGCGGAGAAUUUCCUGUCCACCAUUGCACUCCUCGAGAAAUAUGACAUCUUCUGUCCGAUCUCACAAGAGCAGUUUCUCGUGCCCUUGCUUCUCGAAACAAUUGACUUGACUAUGGCAAAGAAAGACAAACAAGACACCAAGGUGACUAAUCAUGGUGCCUCGGCAUUUUGGGACCCAACAGAUUCGGACACGAUUCUCUACUUCAAGUUUUACAAGUUCUACCCCGAAGCCAUUUUCCUCCGUCUGCUUGCCCGAUGUCUGUCAAUAUCACAGAAGACUCACGACCUUGGCCGUGGUGCUGACCGAGAUGUCUACAGAAACAUGGGCAGAUUCUACCAGGGACAUGAUUUCUACUACAAAGUGGAGCUCGUGUGUCAGUCUGUGGAACAGAACAUGAUCCAGGUCACUGUCAAGUGUGCUCCAGACAGAGGUCCUCAUUUUCUACUGUCCAGACUUCACAAGGACUUGCAGCAGAUCCGAGACAGGGACUUCCCUUACCUGAACUACACGGUGGGCCUUCCAUGCCCAGCGUGUAGUUCAUUUAACAACCGUAAAGGAGAGCACGAGUUUGCUCCCCCACACAUCCUGGGGAUAGCAGGACAUGACGAAGAGCUCCCACAACCCGGAGAGAAAGCAACUCUGCUGUGCCGAGGUAAAGCCUUUGAGGUGGACCUGGGAAAACAACAACCGUCUUUGGACGUUGCCCAACCGGUGAAGAUUAAAGAAGGCAGCAAAACAUCUGCACAAGAAGGUGUUAGAGCUCUGUUGGACCCCAGUACCACCCAGCACCUGUCCAUCCUCCUGGACCCUCCCGCACCCAUCUUUGGGAACAACUGGAGGGCGCUGGCUGACGAACUGGGGCUGUGCUUCCAGGACAUCUGUUACAUCGAGACCAAGCCCAGCCCAACAGAGAUGGUGCUAGAAAUGUACCGUAAGAAUACACCAACAGCUAACACAGAUCAAAUCCACAGGGCUUUGUUAGACAUAGACAGACCAGAUGCUGCUGAACUGUUCCGGCCUACUUGUGCCACUUAAAUCACAGGAAGUAAUGGAGUGAAUAGAUUGUUAAUCAGAAGAUCGUAACGUAGCUGUGUUAGAUGGUUUCUUUAUCCACAUUUUAUAAUGAAUAAAUCCUAUCAGCUUGAACAAUAUUUAAGGGAUGAAUUGUUACUGUAGAUACAGGGGAGUAGAACUCAUAUUUCAAGAUCGUUAAAUGCCCCUAAUCACGAUUUAGUUAUAGGCACUUGUUGGAAAAGAAUUUCUUUAUGCUUUAUCCAUGUAAAUAAAAGUAAUUGAACAUUAUCCUUUUGUCUCUACAAAGAUAAAACAUAUAGCAAAAACAUUGUAGUCUGUAGUACUUUGUCACUACGGAAUUCUGUUCUAAGUGUUCUGUCAAACAUUUAAUUCCAAUACAAUCUUUGAAUAUAUAAGUUAUGCUAUCCAGUAAAGUGGUGAUAUUGUGCAGUGAAGAAUUCAGUGUGCGUGUCAGUGAGUGUGUGUAUGUUCAUAUAAUACUUUUAAAGAUGCAGGAAAAUA